UAGACCCGGAAGUGGGGCGGUACUGCUGUUUUGCUGUCGAGUCACCUCUGUCAGGAUGGAGGAAAACGAGCUGCUAUCAUGCUGAAAAACGAAGGAUCCCGACAACCAAGCAUCAUCAACCGGGACAGUUAGGCAUAAGUAACCGUUUAUCUUGACUGCUGUAUUGUUUUCUGUAACGCUUUUGCCAAAAUGAUGGAAGAAAUCGACCGGUUCCAAGUACCUCCAGUCAACGGAGAGACACAGCCUUUGGACCCAGCAGCAUCCUCCACCUCAGAGACCGACCCUGACACCAAGGGAGAGACUAUGGCCAUGAACUACAAGCCCUCACCACUGCAAGUCCAAAUAGAGAAACAGAGGGACCUUGCCAGGAAGGGAUCAGUGAAGAAUGGCACUGUGGGAAGUCCUGUCAACCAACAACCCAAGAAGAAUGCCAGGACAAGGUUGGUGGUGCCAAACAAAGGCUACUCCUCUUUAGACCAGAACCCAGAUGAGAAGCCCCUGGUAGCACUGGACACUGACAGUGAUGAUGACUUCGACAUGUCCAGAUACUCCUCAUCAGGAUACUCCUCAGCCGAGCAGAUCAACCAGGACCUGAACAUCCAGCUCCUGAAGGAUGGGUACCGGCUCGAUGAGAUCCCGGAUGACGAGGACCUGGAUCUGAUCCCCAAAGCAGUCAACCCCACCUGCAUGUGCUGCCAGGCUGCUCCCUCCACAGCCUGUCAAAUUCAGUAGCAAACCCCGCCCCCCCCCACCCCCCCAAAAAAAACAACAACAAAAAACAACAACAACUACUGACCAGAGUGGCAGCAAAGAGGAAAAACUAUCAACUGGCAGUGGCACAAAGGGAAAUUAAGA